CCCGCGCGCGCGUUCCGGGAAACGGCGGCGGCUGCCGGGAAGGGACCGGGGCGGCAUCGGGACCACACCGGGACCGUCCGAGGGCGACACGGUCCGGACCGGGACACGCUGCGAGCAGCACCGGGGCCCGCACGGGCCCCCGGGACUGCCCGGAACCACCGGCGGGAAGAACCGGGAGCAGGAGCGGGAGCCAGCAGGACAGACCGAGACCCACCGGACACAGCAGAACCCACCGGUCCCCGUGUCCCCGAUGCUGUCUCCCCCAUUCGCCGGCUCCUGGCCCUGCUGGGCCCCGAGCGCGGGCGAUGGACGCUGGUGGGGAGCUGAUGUCGGCUUCGGCUCUCGGUGAGGUGGCCGCCCCCUAUUUCACCGGCCGGGUCACCGACAGGGUGGCACAGGACGAGGAGCCCGCGGGCGCCGUGGGGCCCCUGCUGCUGGUGGGGCUCGCCAGCGCGCUGUCGGAGCUCGCCUGCGACUCGGCGGCGGCGCUGGCGCUGUCGCGGGCGCGGGCGCGGCUGCAGCGCGGCGCGGUGGCCGCGGUGCUGCGCGGGGACGUGCCCGGCGUUGGCCUGGGGGACACGGCGGGCGCGGUGGCGGCGCGGGUGACCGGGGACGCGGAGGCGGCGCACGCGGCGCUGGCGGACGCGCUGGUGCCGGCGCUGUGGGCGCUGGCGCGGGCGCUGGCGCUGCUGGCGGCCGUGGCCUGGCUGUCGCCGGCGCUGGGGCUGCUGACGGCGCUGGCGCUGCCGCUGCUGCUGCUGCUGCCGCGCGCCGUGGCCCGGGUGCAGCAGGAGCUGGCCCGGCAGGUGCGCGCGGCCCAGGCCGGCACCACGGCGGUGGCCCUGGAGGCGCUGGGGGCCAUGGGGACAGUUCGGGCCUUCGGCCACGAGGGCGGCGCCACCGAGCGCGUCCGGCGCCACCUGGCACAGGGACACCGGCUGGAGCAGCGCGAGGCGCUGGCCUACGCGGCCGGGCUGUGGGCCAGCGGGUUCCCUGCCCUGGCCCUGAAGCUGGCGCUGCUCUUCCUGGGGGGACGCUUGGUGGCCGCGGGCAGUGUCACCCGCGGCGAGCUUGUCACCGUCCUCAUGUGCCAGCUGAGCUUCACCCGCGCCAUGGAGGUGACAAACGUGGCCUGGGCGUGUCCCCGGCGUGUCCUGUCUCGUCCCCACUCUGUCCCCAACCCCGCUCCCUGUGUCACCUCACCAUGUCCCCACGUGCUCACGGUGAUGUCCCCAUGUUCUCCUGCCUGUGUCCCUGUCUCCUGUGUCCCCAAUGUCCCUUGUGUCCCCCAGGCCAUGCCAUCACUCCCCCACGUCCCCAUGUCCCCAAUGUCCCUUGUGUCCCCAGGCCAUGCCAUAGCUCCCCCGUGUCCCACUGUCUCCUGUGUCCCAAUCCAGUGGCACCCCAGGCCACCGUCACCUGUGCCACCCCGGGGCUGUGACACCGCGGGCACGCCGGGGCUGUGCCUCAAGGACGUCUGGAUGUCCUACCCGGGGCGCUCCGAGCCCGUCCUCAAGGGGGUGUCGCUGUCGCUGCGCCCCGGCGAGACCCUGGCCGUGCUGGCGCCCCCUGGCGGCGGGAAGAGCUCCCUGGCGGCGGCGGCGCUGGGGCUGCGCCCCCUGGCGGCCGGGACGGUGCUGCUCAACGGGACCCCCCUGAACCCGCGCUCGGAGCCCGCGCUGCGCGAGAAGGUGGCCGGUGUCCUGCAGAGCCCGUCGCUGCUGUCCCGGACCCUCAGUGCCAACAUCCGCCUGGGUUGGGGACACAGGGAGGGGACAGCGGUGGUGGCGGCGGCGCGGCGCGCGGGGGUGCACGACUGGGCGCAGCACCUGCCGCAGGGCUACGACACAGGCGUGGGUCCCCGCGGGCUGCAGCUCUCGGGGGGACAGGCGCAGGGGGUGGCACUGUCCCCACACUGCGUGGUCCCGCGGCUGCAGCUCUCGGGGGCAGGCCAGUGGGUGCACUGUCCCAUGGUCCCCUGGCCCGGUCUGUUGGUGACAGCGAGGGUGGCCCUGGCACGGCUGGCACCGAGGGUGGCACUGCUGGAGGGGGGGCGGCUGCGGGGCUGGCAGGGGUUCCCCCCGCUGUUGUUGUGGCUGCCGGCGCUGUGA